AUGAAGUUGACUGCGUUCGCAGCAGCGUCGCUGUUCGCCCCCGCGGCGCUGGCGAGUGUUCCCAACAUCGUCAUCAAGGGCUCGAAGUUUUUCUACGCCAACAAUGGAACUGAAUUUUAUCUGCGGGGUGUGGCGUAUCAAGAGAACUAUGCCGGUGGAGGAUCCAACGGAACUGGCCUCUCCUCCAACACGGGCUACACGGACCCUCUUGCGGAUGGCAGCGCCUGCUCGCGCGAUAUCCCUUACCUCGUCAAACUCCGUACCAAUGUGAUUCGAACCUACACGGUCGACCCGACGAAGAAUCACGACAACUGUAUGCAACAAUUGGCCGACGCUGGCAUCUAUGUCAUCACCGACCUCGCCUCGCCCGACAUCUCGAUCCAGUCCGACUCUCCCACGUGGACGGUGGAUCAGUAUGACCGGUAUACCGCGGUGGUCGACGCAUUCCACAAGUAUGACAAUGUGAUCGGUUUCUUUGCGGGCAAUGAGGUUGUCAACCAACCGAACCAGACCGAUGCUGCGGCUUUCGUCAGGGCUGCCGCCCGAGAUGUUAAGUCCUACAUCAAGAGCAAGGGAUAUCGUACCAGUCUCUCCGUGGGUUAUGCUACCACCGACCAGAGCAGCAUCCGGACUUUGCUGUCGGAUUAUCUCAACUGCGGAGACCAGUCCACUGCGAUCGACUUCUUUGGCUACAACAUCUACGAAUGGUGUGGCGACCAGACCUUCCAGUCCUCUGGAUACGAGGCCCGCACUCAAGAGUACAGCAACUACUCCAUCCCUGUCUUUUUCUCCGAGUACGGAUGCAACACGGUUCAGCCCCGCAAGUUCACUGAUGUGCCCGCCCUUUUCGGCCCGCAGAUGAAUGAUGUCUGGAGUGGUGGUAUCGUGUACAUGUACUUCCAGACUGACAACGACUACGGUCUCGUUUCCGUGAAGGGCAGCUCACGCGAGCUAUUCGCCCACCAACUCUCCCCGUGCGUGCCCCACGGUCGAUGGGAGCUUUUUGGCCAAAUCGAGCCCCCUCCCCCGACCCCUGACAAGUCUCUUUGCGACUGCGUGGAAAAGACUCUGGGCUGUGUCGUCAGUGACUCGGUUAACUCGAAGAAGUACGGCGAGCUGUUCGGUCAGGUCUGUGGCUACGGCAGCAACAUCUGCAACGGUAUCGCACACAACGCCACCACCGGCCAUUACGGUGCGUACGGCAUGUGUAGCAGCAAGGUUCAGCUCUCUGUCGCUUUCAAUGCCUACUACGAGAGUCAAAACAAGGACAAGACGGCCUGUGACUUUAAAGGUGCGGCCAAGGUCCAGUCUGCGCAGUCUGCCUCUGGAAGCUGCAAGGCCGCCGUCAGCCAGGCCGGUGGUGCUGCAGGAACCGGGACUGUCUCUUCUGGAGGCUCUAGUGGUUCUGCUGCCUCGUCCACCACCUCGGGCGCUGCUUCCCACAUGGCCAGUCCUUCGGCUGUCUUUGUGAGCGGCUGGUUUGCGUUAUCCUCGGUGAUUGUGGCUGCCCUGGCAGGUUCGUUGAUGGUUGUUCUCUAA